UGGUCUAGAGACACAUAUUACUGUUAACACAUCAGUAAAAAUCUCACUUUUGCCUCAUAGGGGACAUUUGAAUAAUUACAUUGUGACAAAUAACUCAAAGGUUUCUAUUUAACUAAGCGCAACACCACCAACUAGUGGCCUGGCGUGCAUAUUUCAGUGCUUUCUGUUGUUUUCGCCACAUUGCCUUCGCCUGCGUAAUGAGGCCUCUUCUGGUGGCAGAAUUUGAAGUAAAUCCCCACACUAAAUCAAAGCACUUAUGUACCUAUUCCUGUGUGGACAUGACACAACGCCAAAGUCCUGACUCAAAGCCUUCUGGGAUGAACUGGAGCGCCGCGCUCACACCGGAAUGGCCAUGCAGAUAAAAGUCGAUGACAGGUGAGCGGGCGGCGAGGCCAACUACCCGUCGUCGCUCCUCUAACAUGACAUGUGACAUGUCACGCCUCCUGAAACGCUCUCAAGUCAAAUCUUGUUAUGAUGUCCGUGCAGUCGGGUGCAGGAGCUCCGGCUGUGUGCCUCAUUUGUAAGGAAGGCUGCCCCAGUUUGAAGCCUCAUUCCUGGAGGAAAGCCUGCGUGGCGUGCGGCUGCAGCACGGUGGACCACGUCCCCGGGAGCCACCUUGACGACGACCAGCGGAUGGGGCGCCUGCUCGCCGACUCGCCCUCCGCCCACCUGACGGCGAAGGUCAAAGGGGGCGGCGGCCUCCGCUUGUACAAGAGGAACCGCAUGAUCGUGACCGACCCCGUGGUGUCGCGCAAAGACCCCACCUUCAACACCACCACCUACGACUGGGCGCCGCCUGGCCUUACCCAGAAACUGGCCAAGCAGUACAUGGAUCUGACGCCAAAGAGCCAGCAUCCGGUCUCUGGAACCGUAGGGGCGUUGGAGCGUCGCAGGCAGCUCCUGAGCCAGCUCCCUUCCUACGACCACGACCCCAUGAAGUGCCAGAGCCUGGCCGGUGACGAGGAGAUCGCCGCCAUGCUGCUGUUUGUGAAGCACUACAAGAAGGAGGUGCUGGGGGUCGGGGAGGUGGCGCUGCCUGCUGAGGGCGGAGCUCUGGAGGAGGCGGCCAUCCAGAGGUCCGCCAAGGAAGCCAAAGAGCGUAACCACGGCGACAAGGACGCAGCGUCGCAUCCAUCUCACAGCUCCAAAGAGAACAGCGCCGCCCCUGCUGAUGGACCCGCCAACGGCACGGACAACAACGCCAAGACUCAAUACCGCUGCACCGGUUGCCGAGGCGAGGUCGCCGCAGAGAGCCCGGCCGUUUUUGCUGAGCGUGCGGGUUACCACGGCAACCUGUGGCAUCCCACCUGCUUCGCGUGUUCCGAGUGCGGACGGGGACUGGCGGACUUGGUCUACUUCUGGUCCGAUCAGAGGCUGCUUUGCGGGCGACACUACUGUCAGAGCGUCUGGCCACGCUGCUGCGGCUGUGACGAGCUGAUCUUCUGCAAGUCUUUUCGCACCGCACAAGAUGGAAGGACCUGGCACGCCGACCACGACUGCUGCUGGAGGUGCGGACAAAGCUGGGACACACCCUGCCAACACUGACACAUCCUCUGUGUGGGUUAGCAUGACAUAUUGAUGAUAAUAAGAAUAACGAACGGCACCUUUUGAAGUGUGCGUCCGCCAGGAUAGCGAGUAGUGUUGCAGUGUUCCCAGGACUGAGUGCUGUUUAAAAGACACUCGGCAGUGAAGUGCUGCUCCAUAAGUGCUAACGACAUGUUUGCUGGACGACUCAGAGUCCAAACUACUUAAGGACCGGCUGAUUUAUGGCCUCUUAAACGGCCAACGGUGACGUGAUCCAGAUGUGCUGCUAGCGCGGCGAGGGGAUGAAACGUCACAUGUCGUGUCAGAGCAGACUUUUUUUUUUUUUUAAAAAGGUUGAUUUAAACCUCCGAAAAACUGGACGGAAUUUGACGAAAGGUACUUUCAACUCUGGGUGCUAUGUGCUUGUUAGCUUCUUUCUGCUAAUCCUCUCUGCUCUUUCUUUGCACAAGUCGUAGUCCCAAGAAAAAUGACCCUCUCGAGUUUGCCCUAAACUGUGUCAAAUACCCUAUUUACUCCAACGUGACCCAGUUAACCACUGGAACACAUGCCAGCGAGUGUCGUGCUUUUAGCUCAUUGGCUAGCGGUCUCAACUUUUAAUCAGGGGAUACAGU